CUAAAGGAUGUAGGCCUGAGUACAAAACUAGACAAGGACAUUUCCUGAACAUAAUGUGUGCCUGCUUGUAGUAUUGAAGUAGGCUAAUAAUGGUAGAAGUGUGAAGGGCUUGUGGCUGGUGUAGUCUAUGGAGCUUAAUGCAAAUAUGAAAUGGCUUUGGUUGAAAGAGUAGUUAAAUAGCAGUGGUGGAAAAAGUACCCAAUUGUCCUACAUAAAAGUUAAGAUACCUUAAUAGAAAAUCAAGUAAAAGUGAAAAUCACCCAGUAAAAUACGACUUAAAUAAAAGUCUAAAGGUAUUUGGUUUUAAAUAUACUGUAAUGAAACGGCAGGGAGCAGGUCUUCGAGCCCGAGGUCCGGCGCGCUAUCGACUGUGCAGCAAAAGCAUGCUCGAGCGGCAGAAUCGAUUUCCGCGCUUAUAAACCCAGGGUUGUUACACUACUCCUACCUUUCAAAGAGCGCGUCCUCUCGCUAGCUUGGGACUCUAGGUCUUACAGGAACGCGCUCACCGGCCAAGCACACGCACUGUCGUGUAUGCAAGGUCCGAUCACUUCUGACACCAAUGUAAUGAAACAGGCAGGAGCAAGUCUCGAACCCUCGACAUUCGAGCCCGCGGUCCGGCGCGCUAUCUACUGCCGCAAAAACAUGUUCGAGUGGCAUCGUCGAUUUCCGAUGAAAACCCAGGGUCGUUACACUACUGAAGUAUAAAAAGUAAAUGUAGCCUAUAAAUAAUUUCAAAUUCCAUGUAUUAACAAAACCAGAAGGCACAAUGUUCUUGUUGUUUUAAUUUACGGAUAGCCAGGAGCACACUCCCACACUUUUACAAACAAAGUGUGUGUGUUUUGUGAGUCCGCCAUCAGAGGCUGUAAGGAUGACCAGGGCUGUUCUCUUGAUAAGUGCGUGAAUGUCCUGCUAAGCAUUCAAAAUGUAACAAGUACUUUUGGGUGUCAGGGAAGAUGUAUGAAAUGAAAAGUACAUUAUUUAGGGCCUCCCCAUUGGCACAGCGAUCUAAGCAUCACUACAGCCUGGGGUUCGAUACCAGGCUGUGUCAUUACCGGCCGUGCCCGGGAGUCCCAUAAGGUGGUUCACAUUUGGCCCAACAGGUUAGUGCAGUGUUUUGGGGAGGCUUAAUUUGGCACAUCUCGCUAUCUAGCCUGCAGGCUGACCUCGGUUGUCAGUUGAACAUGUUGGUGCAGCUAAAAGUAAAAGUACUACUUGAGUAGUUUUUGGUGAGAUUUGUACUUUAUUAAGGUACUUUACACCACUGGUAAAUAGUACCCACAGAGAUCCUUUAUGGUAAUCUACCUUUCUACCUCAUUGACAGUCCAUUCCAUCUGAUGUGAAUUCCAUAAUAAAUGGUAAUGUGACAUUUGUUUGUUUGUUUGUCCAGUUUCUCUUCUCUCUAGAAGAGGAAUGGUUUGGAGCAACCCAUCCUGGAGUGGGAUGGCAGCUCACUCUCCCUGCUGCCCUGAUUGUUCUUGGUGUGAUAUUACUAUGGAGGACCGUCCUUGCGAUCAAAAGCAGGCUACGUCUAUUGACUGAGACACAGCUAAACGUGAAACUCGCCCAGCUAUCGAAAAAGAAAUGCGACAUAAUGAUUAAAUUGUCUGAAAUGGAGACACUGUUGAAGGACUAUGACGCGCCAGUGAAAAGGUUGCGGGCAUGCCUGCAGUCCUCUCAGGAGGAUAGUCAGGAGCUGGAGGAUAUGAAGAAACAAUGGAACAUCAGAGCUGGAGAAAUGGAGGCAUUUCAUCUCCAGCUCCAGGAGCGUGCUGAACGCAUACAGAAACUGAAAGCUGUUUGGGGACCGAUGGAACCACUUAAAGAGAAUCACAGUGGGGAUGCCAGGAUCCCUAGUGCCACCGACACCCAAUCUACCGUUACAGAUAUCAAGAGUGAGGAAAACAUUGAGAUCGAGGUCACUGUGAUGAAGAAUGCAACCUUAAUCAACACCACACUGGAGGAGGUGAACAGGGGUCUUCGGGACAAAAAUUGUCAGCUUGAAGAGAAGAAUGUCGCUCUACAUCAAAAACUCCACAGCACUGAGAAGAUGUAUAGACAGACUCUAAACGAGCUGACCAAAGCCCUGAUUCAAGGCAAACAUGAGGAAAAGCAACAUAUUGAAACGCUACAAGAGAAAAUCCAGACCAUAUCUGUAAGUAGAACAUUCACUUUAAAGUUAGCUACUGUAGUUGCACUAAGGUGUUAUUAGCUACGUUUUGCUAGUUACUCUGUGUCUUGCUGUACACUAAGAUAUACAGUGUUGCUUGAAUGUAUGUGAACCCUACAGGACUGUUCAUUAUUUUGCUAUAAAAUCAACAUAUAAAAUCCUUAUCCAAACCCCAAUUCAUAAGAAAAACAUUCCACGUAAGUUACAGAAACCAAAAAAUGAUGAUAUAUUUUCAUUGUUUAUUUAACAAGAGGUUUAUUUAACAGAAACUCAGAUUUGAUGUGUGCAAAAUACAUGAACUCCUUCAGUCAAUCGCUUGUGGCACCUCCAUUAGCAGCGAUAGUAAACGUCUCCUAUAUCCAGUAAUCAGUUUCUGACAUCUGUUUUGAGGGAUUUUUUCCCACUCCCCCUUACAGAACUCAGCCAAUUGAGUGAGGUUUGAGGGGUGUCUGGCAUGAACUUCCUGUUUCAGGUCCUGCCACAGCAUCUCGAUUGGAUUUAGGUCAGGACUUGGACUUGGCCAAUCCAAAACACAAAUGUUCUUUCUCGUGAGCCAUUCUUUGGUAGAUUUGCUUGAGUACUUUGGGUCGUUGUCUUGUUUGAAGCCACAUUUUCGACCCAGCUUCAGCUCCUUGACUGAUGGCCUGAUGCUCUGUUCAAGAAUCUCCUGGUAUACCUCAGAAUCCAUGGUUCCCUUGAUGAUGUGGAGUAAUCCGGAUCCAGAUGAGGAAAAGCAGCCCCAGAUCUUAACAAUCCCAGCACCAUGCUUGACUGUUGGGAUAAGGUUAUUUUGGUGGUGGGCAGUGUUGGGUUUUUGCCAAACAUGGAGGUGAUGAUUGUGGCCAAAAAGGGCAAUUUUUUUAUUAAUCGAUCCAGAGAAUGGACUUCCAGAAACAUUCAGGUUUGUACAGGUGGUCUCUGUCAAAUUUAAGACGGGCAGUUUGGUUAUUUUUUGACAGCAGAGGCUUCUUCCUAGAAACCCCCCCAUGAAUGGCAUUUGGAUUCAGUGUUUUUAUUAUUGAAGCUUGCACAGUUACCGGAGAUGCAACAAGGGAGGUCUGCAAAUCUCUAGAUGUUAUGUUUGGGUUUGCUUUUACCUGAUUUAUUAUUGUUCUUGUGGCUCUUGGGGAUAUUUUGGAAGGGCGCCCACUUCUAGGCCGACUUGCUGUCAUGUUAAAUGCUCUCCAUUUAUAAAUGCCUCACAGUGGACUGAGCUCAAAUCUUUUAAAGAGGAUUUUAUAGCCUUCUCCCAGACUGAUGUGCUCUCACUACCCUCGUCCUGAUG